AUGAUUGAAUUCUUCGAGCUAUUAAUCGGAGAAGACAGAAUCACAGAGGAGCUCAGUGAGAUUGCUGUGUCCAGUUGUGAAGAAGCUUGGAGCUUGUACUUAGAAGGAACAAAGGCCCAGAAACUGGCAGGAGCUCACCUGGACAGGUGCACCACAAUAUUUACUAUUACAGUGGAGCGACUGCAAACCAAUGGUAGCUGCACUCAUUCAUCCAUUCAGAUCUUUGACCUUUCAGGAGGGACUGAGGAAGCUGCAGUGAGUGGUGCCACCCCGUUGGAGCAGGUGCUCAAUGCUGAACCCAGUCAUGAACCCUUAGGAACCUUUCUGCAUCAGGCACUGGGAGGAAAUAGCUACUCCGUGCUCAUCUACUGUCUGAACUCGACAGAGUCUUGGCGUGGACAGACAGUUUCGGCACUAACACUCACUCAACGACUGAUGGACAUCACCAAUAUGGUCACUCAGAACUGCUGGGAUUACAAAGAAGUCACACAGAGUCUCCGGUCCAACAUUCGAGAGAUAAGGAUGAAAUUGAGCAGAACCGGAGACCUCUGCAGUGAGGAUGUGAAAAGAUUAGGAAGACUCGUCCAGGAAUUACAGAUGGUGAAAAAGCAACGUUGGGAGAAACGGAAGGAAAGAUCCCAGCGGUGCAAGGAGGAACGUAGGCAGCACCUCAUAGCUAAGGGGUUACUGGAUCCGGUCUCAGGAGGUAUCCCAUCACAGCAUGAAGAGCAGUUCUCCAGGUUCCAGUGUGGUCUGGCUCAGCAAUACAGCAUGAAAAUGAAACAGAUCAGGAGGAUAAAGGAGCAGCUGAAGGAGCAGGUUGCUGAAUAUCUCAAAGCUGGGAGCAGGAGUAUGGAUGAAACAAGGACAUUACUCAGUGGCAUCCAGGGAUUAAGGGAGACAUUGCAGUCAGAGGAGGAAUAUCUACAUCACAUCUGUCAGAAACUGGAAAGCAAGGCUGAGCUAAGUCACAUGAACACUGCACUGUUGCACUCCGAUCUCGAUCAUCUCUACACUGCUGCAAUGAAGAGGAGGAAAAGGUUGGCCGAAGAUAAUGCGGCUUUAGUUCAGCGGGAACUGACGAGGAUGGAGCGAGAAUUGCAGCGACAAAAGACUAGCCCUGAGAGCACAGUGGCACCAGAUGAAUCACUGAGGCUGAGGAGGGAACGAGAGGUGGUGGUCUUACAGCUGGUGGCUCUGAGGAGAGAGAAGGAGGAGGCGGAGAAAGACCUGGAGGCAAUGCACCAGAACUACAAAGCCGAGUUGGAGAAUCAGAAACUCCAAGCUCUCCAGGUCCUUCGUGAAUUCCGGGAGGUGUCUCAGCUGAAACUGGAUGUAUUGGAAAAACGUUAUUGCAAAUUACUGCAGGAUGCAAUUCAGGACGCAGUACAGCUCUCUGCCCAGAAACAGCAACUAGAGUUAGAAAAGAAACACUUAAAAGAGAGAAUUGCUGAGCUCCGAGACCAGCUCUCUACAACUAAACAGCAAGAGGUGACACCUCACCCAGAGGAUGGGGAAACAGAGAGUUGUCAAGAUGUAUUUCUUCAGUAAGGCCGGUCCGCUGAUGGACAGGACACACACAGUGGACUGCCUUAUGACUGUGGUCUUCAAAACGAUAGUUAAAAUAGUGGACUGAAAUGAGAAAGAAUUGCAUUUUUAAAGAUUGCUACAUGUUUUGAAAAGCAAGUAACUUUACCUUUAUGAUAAACAUCAUUUAUACAGCUACUUGAACCAACAGUAAUUCAAGUUAGUUUGCAGUUGAACUGGAGACAAGGGGUUGUGCACAGAUGCAGCUCUGGUUUGCAAUUAGAAGUUGAUUGGUCUUUUAACAAGUUAUUGAUGACAAAGGCCUUUUGCCUGCCAGCAGCAUGUGCUUGGGUUCUCAGUGAACACAGCUUGGGCCUGGGAUCAAGAUAGAGUGAGAGGAUCAGCUUACGAGUAGUUUCUCUGUUCUCUGCAGUCAAAACCCACUUUCAACCUGAAAACGGUUUCUUUCCUUUCUGCAGUUGCUGUGAACUGUGACUUUUAAUUGAUAAUUGAGACUUUCAUACGUGAACUAGAAAAAGGAUUCAGAAAAGGAGAGUUGAGAUGUAAUAUCUCAUCAGCAAGAGCCAACUCAACAGAUCUUGGCAGAAAGAUUGUCGACCUGCUUUUGUAGGUUUCCCUCCCUUCUAGUGUUUUCCUGUGUGUGUAUGUGUGUGGCUAAUGGAGAGCUUAAAAGAUUAGAAUUUUAAUUUGUACUGUUACAGUUUGUAACUGUUUACUUGUAGCUAAUAAAUAAUAAAUUGUGAUUCUCAUUCAAUACAGAAACCUGGUCCGUGCUUUCUUUAAGCUGGGUCUGAAAAUCAGCGAAAUCGGUGAAUCUUCGUGAAUUCAUUUUAAAAUCUUAAACUCCAGGAAUCAUGGGGCUUGAUAUCCAGUGGACCAUUCCA